UCAUUCAUUCAUUCAUUCAUAUCUCUCUCUCUCUCUCUCUCUCUGUUGCUCGCUCCCUCUCUCUCUCUCUUGCUCGCUCCGCUCCCUCUCUCAAGCAUUGGAUUAUGGAUAAUCUUGGUAACAUGAGAUAUUCUAGGGAUUACUGCUUGGCUUACCGCUUGUAUAAUCCUGACUCGUUUAUUUCGUCUAGCACCGCAAAGUGUUUCACUGAGCCUACGAAAAAAUCAUGGCUUGCCCUUCUGGAAGAUCAGCUGGAAUCAGACAUUCGAUUAACUGAACACGUGAAGGGGAGGCUGAAGCUGUUGCAGGAAUCUGGUGCUGAUCCUGAACAUAUUGCUAGAGUCCACAGUAAGUUACAGAUUAUGCUUGCUAGCUUGGAAACUGAUAAAGCUGAAAUCGAGCUUGAGAAAAAGGACAUAGCUGAAGCUCAAAAACAUGCAACUAAAGUUUCAAAGCAGCAGGUGAAGAGACCAAGGCAGAUAGCUAAACCUGGAAAGCAGUCAACUGAAGUUCCAAAGUAUAUGGAGAUAAUAAACAACACUGAAGUUCCAAUGCAGCUGGUGAAGAGACCAAGGCAGAUAGCUAAAUCUGGAAAGCAGACAACUGAAGUUCCAAAGCAGCAGGAGAAGGAACUGAGGCCGAUAAUAAACAACACUGAAGUUCCAAUGCAGCAGAAUAAAGUGUUGGAGGCUUAAGAAGAAAGUCAUCCAAAAUGUGGUCAAUCAGUUUAUAUGAGUACCAUGUAUUAUACUUGCAUCUAGCAAGUGUACUUGUAAUCUUUCUAGGUGUACCACAAUUGCUAGGUGCAUGUGUCUCGGUGUAUCCGUGUCUUAUUAUUCUUACUUAUAUCCUAUAAUUAGUGUACGUCUAAUAUUGUGUGUAAUAUUAUGGUUUUAAAUCAUUAUCAAUGAAGUAUUUGUGUUGUGCAA